AUGUUAAUUAAGAUGAUUUCUUCUUUUAUUUCUAAUUUAGAUGACCAAGAAUAAUUGGAAAUUAGAACAGUUAAUAUUGAAGGAUCAACUUAUGAUGGAAAAGAUUGUUUUUAAAUUGGUGUUUUUUCAAAAUAUAAUCCAUUGGGAAAUGUUAGAUAGGUUGGAAAAGUUGGAAUUUUUGAUAGUAAUUGUUUCCACUUACUUUCUAUUGCUGAUUAAUCCACUUAAAGUCUCAACUUUAUAUAUUACUAAUGUAUAAAUUAUGAAUCAAAGGAAAUAAACGUAAAUAUAGACUUUAUAAAUCCUGAUUCAGAAUAAAUAAAUAAACAAGCAAAUAUUGAUAUAUUCAAAUAUGAAAAUAGAUGGCAUUUCUUUUCAAUAUAUUACUGUCCUGAUAUAGUGAAUAUCCAUAUUUUGAAUAACGAAUAAUCUACUUUAAUUCAUUUGAUAUUGAAUAAAUUUCCAGCCAAAGAGAGUGCUAUUAUAAUUACAUAUGGAGGAGGUUUAAUUGUAUAGAAAUCUCUAGUGGAUUCAAUAUAAAAUGGAAGAAAAUUUUCAUUUUUUCCAGGAAAGAUUUAUUUAAUUGAUUAUGAAUUCUUUAUAAGAUUAUCUGUAGAUGAGUUCAUAAAUUAAACUCUUUAAAAAUUUUUGAAAAAUAUCAAAUGUGAAUGUAUUUAAAAUAACCCUAAAAGUAUUGAUGAUAUAGAUAUCAAGUGGUUAAAAUAAGAAAUAUAUACUAUUUCUAAUUAGAAUUGUGAAUCUUUUAUUUUUAAUGGUUGGUUUAGGAUACAAGAAAUAAUCUAAUAAGAUGAAGAAUUUGUAUAUCAUUUUUUUUAAAUAAAAGCAAAUUUUGAAAAUCCAUAAUUAUCAAAUUAAAAUUUAGCUCCUCUCUAAAUAUUUUAUAAGUUAUCUCCUAUUAGAAAUUAAAUAAUAAUUACAACAUAUAGUUACACUUUUCCUAGUGUAAAUAUUGAUUUUACUAAUAAUCCUUUUCUUAUUCUAAAAGAAAUUGAUAUAUAAAAUGAUAUAAAACUAUGGCAUAAUAUAUAUGUUAAUCUUUAAGACUAAUAGUUAACUAUAAAAUUAAAUUUUUAUGAGCAUAACAAUAUUUAUUCAUAGAAAAUAGAAAUAAAUGCCCAUUAAUUUUCUUAUGUUCAAUUUAAAUUAUAUUAUGGGAAUUUAUAAUAACUCACUAAAAAUUACUUAAAUAUAUAAGUAAGGAAUUUAAUAUUUUAAAAUUGUGAUGAUAGCCUUAAUGAAAAUAAUUGCCAUUAUAGUUGUGAAACUUGUGAGGGUCCAACAAGUACAGAUUGUAUUACUUGUUCUGAAUAAUCUUAAAGAUUAUAUUUAAAAUCAUUUAAAUCAUGUAUAUGUCCAUAUGGAAUGAUUGAAUAAAAUUAAUAGUGCAUUUCCUCUUAAGAUUUCAAUUUCUAAAUAAAACAAGAUUAGAAUUAAUAUUAGCAUUGUUAAUAUGGAUACUUUGAAUUUGAAGACUCUUGUAUUAGAUGGUAAUAAUUUUAAAUAAUAUAAGUCCAUCAAUAAUAAAUAAGAAUUCAUAAAUGUGUAUAGAAUGUUUAAAUAAUCCAAUUUCUUGGUGGAAGAAUCCAUAUUGUGAAACAAAUUUAGUUUUAAAUACUGAUGGAGAUGUAGCUUAAAAAUUAUAUCAAAAAAAAAUAUAUUAUAAUUUUGAUGGUGAUACUUUAUAAGCUUGUUUAAACUGUGAUUAAUAAGAUUUGACAUUUUAAGACACAUAAUAUUAAGAUUUAAUAUUAUUAAAUCAUUAAUUUAUUCCAUUUUGUUUGAAAACUUUUAAUAAUGCAAAAUAGGAAUUUAAUUGUUAUGAAUGUCCAGAAGGUUGUGAAAUAUGUUUCACAUCAUCUACAACUAUUAAAUGUCUUAAAUGUUAUUUCCCAUUUUAUUUAGAUAAUGGAAUUUGUACACAAUAACCAGAUUACAUAUAAGUAAAUAAAUGUCUUUCACCUUAUUAUUUUACAUCAAAUAAAGAAUGUAAAUUAUGUCCAAUUAAAAAAUGUUUAUAUUGUUUUGAAUAUUAUAGUAAUGAUUUAAGUAAAUGUACUUUAUACAAAAAUUUUGAACCGUUUCCUUUAAAUGAAUAUUUAAAAGUAGGAUGUGCUUUAUGUGAAGAUAGUUAUAUUUUUAAUUUUAAUAUUAAUUUAUGUGAGUAUUAAAAUCCAAAAAUAGUUAAUUGCUUAAGAUCAUAUAUUAAUGAAAAUGGUGAUGAAAUUUGUACAUUAUCUUCAAGUGAAGAUUUCGAUGUUGCACCAGAAAUAAUAAAUUGUGAAAAAUAUAUUUCUAAUUGUUUGUAAUGUAUUAUGACUAAAUUUUUUGUAAUUAAAUGUACCAUUUGUAAAAGUGAUUAUACUGCAACUAUAUAAGGAGGAUUUUGUAGAAAAAGUUUAUUUUAAAAUUCUAAAAUCAGUGUUGAAGCAAAUGCCAUUUUAUAAGAUGGUUGGGUUUAAUUAAUUCUAAGCUUUAUAAUGUAAUUCUUACCUAAUUAAUAUUUUUACACUUCUGGAACUGGUUGGGUUAUUUAAGAAAUAUCUAUUUAAUGUUAAAAUGGUUAUGAAAGAAAUUAAUUUGGAAUAUGUGUAAAAUAUUGUGAUUCAAAUUGUUAAUAAUGUUAACCAAAAUACUUAGAUAUGAAAGGAGAUAGAUAUGAAUGCAAGUCUUGUUCAUUAAAUUACUUUAAAUAACCAAUUAGAGUUCAAAAUUCUGGUAAAUGUAUUUAAUGUUCUUCAUUAUGCGAAGUUUGCUCCAUAAGAUCAAAAGAGGAAAUUUAAGUAUAAAUUAUUUUAAUUAUAGAAAAUUAAUCCUAACUUUGUUAUAAACAAUUUAAAUGAAAUUUAUACUAUGAAAUGUAUUAAAUAAGUUUCUGAUCCAAAAGUUUAAUUGAAUCAUUAUUUAGGAGUAGCAAAAUAUUGUUUUGAAGAUGAAACAUGCAAUAGUCAUAUUUUUAAAGAAAUAAAUUAACUAUGUAUUGGAUGUACUUGGUACUAUUUUGAACCAUAAUAUAUUAAUUUUUAAUUGUGUAAUGAAUUAGGGGUUAAAAAAAUAACCAUAUCAAGAUAAUAUCAAAAGUUUGAUUAGGAAGGUUAUUUAGCUGCCAAUUAAUUUUUUGAAAUUAAAUCUGGUUUAAAGGAAAAUAUAUUUUCAUUACAAGCAAUCAUAAUAAAAAUUAUAGGAUUUGAUAAUUAAAUAAUGAUAAUAAAAAAUGAUACAUUCCCUUCUAUUAUUAAUUUUGAUUACAUUGAAUUUCAUAAUUUAAUUUUUAUAAUUAAGGAUUCAGAUUAUUUUACUUUUGAGAAUAAUAAUUCAAAGAUUGAUCUUUUAUUUAAAGAUUGUGUAAUUAAUUCAAGUGAAUUAGUUAAUACAGAUUCAAUUUUCUAAACUAUUAAAUAUGGUGAAUUAAUUAUAUUAAAUUUAACUUUAAGCAAUUUAAAUUUUAUAAAUUCAUCUUUCUUUACUAUUUCUUAAUAAAAUGAAAUAUAAAUCAUUAAAAUUAAUACACUUUAUUUGAUGAAUUGCUCAUUUACUAAUUCACAAUUAUUUUCAUUCAAAUUAAAUAAAAUGAAAAUACAAAUAGAAAAUAUCAAAAUAGAUUAAUGUUAUUUUUAAAAUUCUUCCAUUUUUUAAUUUUCUUCUAAUGAUAUCUUAAAUAAUAAUAUACUAUUCUCAUAGAUUAAUUUACAAAGAAGUGACUUUUAUCAGUCAUAAAUAAUAAACAGUAUUGAUAAAUGUUUCUUAAUAAUUUAGCAUUUGUUAUUGUAAUAGAAUUAUUUUUAUGAAUCUUAAGCAAUUACACAUCUGAAUAAUUUUUCAAUAUUUUAUGUUGAAGUUGGAGAAAAUUCUUUUAUUAAAUCCUCAUUGAUUGUAAUUGAUGCAAUUUAAUCUUCUUUGACUAAAUGCUAAAUUUAUUUUGUUUUGUUGUAAAGUAAUUUUAUUUAAUAAUCAAUUUUAUUAAAGUUUUCUACAACUUAGGAAAUUGAUGGUUUAAUUGUUGAUCUAAAUAAUUUAAAUUUCUAAAAAAAUGAUAAUUUAAAUAAUUUUAAUGAUCAGAGUUCAAUAAUAAAAGCUUCCUGCUUUAAACUAAAUAUAUCAAAUAUAAAAAUAAUAAAUUCACAUUAAUUAUAGACUUUUUCAUUAAUUAAUAUUUAAGAAAUAUUGAUUUAAAAUUUAUUUUAUGAAAAUGAUGAAAUAUUUAGGAGAAUUCCAAUAUCUUUAGAUUGUGUUAGCUCUUUAAAUUUUUAACAUAAAUUAUUAGAAACAAAAGAUUGUAGGAUUAUAAGAAUUAUGAAUGCAAGAAUAAUAAAUUAAUUUAACUCUGAUUAAGCACUUUUAUCUUUUAUAUCAUACAAAUAAGAUCUAAAAAAUGAAUAAGAAAAAAUUUAUUUAUAAAAUAUUGAUAUAUUUGGAAAUUUGCUUUCAAAAUAAUCAUUAACAAGCUUUUAAUCAAUAAUCUCAAUUUAUUCAGAAAAUUAAUAAUAUAUGAAAUUAGAAAACUUAUCAUUUUAGUAAAACUUUUUUCAUUAACAUAUAGAUGAUCCAUCAGAAGCUUUUGCAAGUUUAAUAUAUAUUUCAUCUUCAAAAAGUGAAGUAGAAAUAAUAAAUUUAAAUUCAUAAAAUAAUGCUUUAACAAAUUCAUCAACUUCCUAUAUAUUUAUUAAUUCUAAAAUAGUAAAAUUCAUUAAUUACACUGUUUUUAAUCAUAAUAUUUUGGAUUAAAGUUUAUGGAGUAAAUAUUAUGAAAUAAAUUUUGAGUAAGAAUUAGAAUAAAAUUAAAUUAAUGCUAUAAUUUCAUAAACAUUUAAAUUUUUAAAUAAAGGAGGAGCUAGUUUAAUAACUGCAGCAUCAUUUUUUUGUUUGAAUAGUAAUUUUUAAAAUAUUAUUUCUUAAAGAAGCUCUUUAUUUGAAAUUAAAACUCAAGGAUAAGGCAAAAUUGUAAUAUAAAAUGUAAGUAUUAAAUCUUUAAAUAAUGAUUUAAUAUCUGAAUUUGAAUACUCAGGAUGUAUUUCUAUAUAAUCAGAAAAUAGUCUUUUAGACCUUCGUCUUAAAAAUGUGAAUUUUGAAAAUGUAUUUAAUAAAAGAAGUUCUUCUAUAUUUACUAUAUUCCCAUCUUUAAAGUAAAAUUAUCUUUACAUAUCAAACAUUUAGAUUAUAAAUUGUAUUUCUUUAAAAAAUCCAUUUCUUAAAAUAUAAUUUACAUUACAUAAUUCAUAUUCAAAUAAGAUGAUAAUUGAAAAUGUAAUUAUACUUUAGAAUGAAGAUAUGUGGAUUGAUUUUAUUGAAAAAAUAGGAUUGCUGAGUCUUUCAGAAAUAUCUGAUAUAAUAAGUGAAAACUCUUUAAUUUAUAUAAAAGGAGGGGAUUUAAGAAUCUUAAAUUUUUAAGUUAUAGGAAUUUUUAUCACUUAAAUUAUAAAUCUUCAAAGUCCAUCUAAAGCUAUUCUCAAAAAUAUUUAGAUUAGCUAAAUUAAAACCUUUUAUUCUUUAAAUUUAAUAUCAAUAACUGUGUCUUAAGAUAUAACAUCAUAAUUAUAUAUUAAUUCAAUAAUGAUUGAUAAAUUGUAAAUUUAUUAAAUUUCAAAUUCAAAUACUUAUAAAAUAUAAAACAAAGUAAUUUAUUAAAUUGUAGGUUGUUUAAUAGUUCAAAAUAGUUAAUUUAUUGAUUAAGAUAAUCUUGAAGAUUUAUCAUUUGGUAGUUUAAUAAGUAGAAUAUAAUUUAAUACUUAAUAAUUAGGAUCCAUUAUAAAUUUUGAAAGCUUUUCUGAUAAUGUAUAAAUACAUUUUACUUGUAUUAGUCUUUUUAAUAAUAUUUGUACUAAUUGUUUUUAAGGUUUAAUAAAUUUAUAAUUACAAAAUAAGAAUUAAGUAAUUAUUAAAGAAUUAACUUGUAUUGAUAAUUAUAUUGCAUAAACAGGGUGUAUAAAUUUAUAAUCUAAAGUUAAUUUAAUAUAGAGUGUUAAAAUUAGUUAAUCAACAUUUUUAAACAAUAAUGGCACUUAAGGUGUUGCUAUUAAUUCUAUAAAUGUAAAACUUAGUUUAUUUAAAUGUUUAAUUAUGUAUAACAAUGCAAAAAUUAAUGGAGGUGGAUUACAUUUAGAAUUAAAUAACAAUGAAUUAUAAUUAAAAUAAGUUUCAAUUAUGCAUAACAUUGCAAAUGAAGGAGGAGGUAUUUAUUUAGUUGGAAAUUCUAAUUUGAAUUCAUAAAAUUUUGAAAAAUCAAUUAUAAAUUUUAAUGAAGCAAGAAAAUUAGCAAAUAAUAUUGUUGAAUAACCUUCGCAUUUGGCUUUAUACAUUAAUUAAAAAGAAUUGAAUUCUAUUUCAAUUAGUGUUAAUGAUACUUAAAAUAAUAUAUUAUAAUUAUAACCUUAUAAAAUACUAUAAUAAGGAAAAAUCAUUACAGCUAAUUAUUUAUUUGUACCUAGUAAUUAAUAAAUAUCUAAAUUUUAUAUUUUUAAUCCUAAAAAAUAGACUUAUUAAUCAUAUAUUGAUAGCAUUUAAAUUUUAUUCAAAAAUAGUUAAAAUGAAAUACUACCAUAUGUUGAAAAUUGUAAUUGUUAAAUAGAGGAAAUAUUCUAUUUCCAUAAUCAUUCAUUCAUUUAAGGCCCUAUUCUAUCAUAAAAUUAGAAAUUUGAUACAGAAACAAAUUCAAUUGAAUUAGAUUCUAUUAAGUUUGAAUUUGAUCCUUAUUAAGUAGAAUAUUCAUAUUUUUAAGUUAAGAUAAGUUGUUAAAUAGAAGAAUAUUAAAAAAAAUUAUAAUAUUUUUUUAAUGCUAAAACUUUAUAAUGUUAAUUAGGUGAAUUUAAAGUAGAUAAUGGUUGUUAAAAAUGCCAAUCAAAUUAAGGGUAUUACUCUGUUACAUAUAAUACUUCAAAAUGUUCAAUUUUUGACUAAACCAAAUUUUAAAAUAUUACUUCUAAUAGUAUAUAAUUGUUAGAUGGAUAUUGGAGACCUAAUUAUUAAUCUGAUUACACUGAAUAUUGUUUUAAAAAUCCAGAAUAUUGUUAAGGUGGAUGGGGAGUUGGAAAUUAACUUUGUAAAAUGGGAAAUUUAGGAGGAUUAUGCGAAGAAUGUGAUAAAUAUAAUAUUGAAGGAUUAGGACAUUUUUUUAAAGAUUAAUAAAAUUUAAAUUGUUUAGAAUGUUUUUAAUUUGAAGAUAGUAUUUUACCAUUUAUUUUAACAUCUUUUUGGUAAAUAUUUUAAUUAUUUUAGGGCUUUCUUUUCUAUAUUUAUGACAUUAAGAAGCAUUGAUAAAUCUAAUACAUUAUUUACAUAACUUAAAAUAAGAUAAAAAUUCACAAAAAUUAUUUUUAAACUUAAUUAAGGUAAAAAUAAAUAAUAAAUAUAAUUAGAUCAUGAAAGUAUUUUACUGAAAAUGCUACUAAAUUAUUUUUGGAUAUUUUCUGUGAUAUUUUCAUUUAAUAUAAAAUUCACGUUUAGUAUAAAUUUUAUGGAUUAAGCAAGUAAUACAUCAUUUUUUUUGGCUAAUAAUUUAGAUUGCUAUUUAUCAUAAAUACAAGAUAUAGAAUUAAUUUAUUCAAGAAUAAUUGCUACAAUAAUUUUGACAUUGUUAUAAUUAAUAAUAGUUUUUUUAGGAUUUUUAUCAUAUUCUAUAACAUAUAGAAGAAGCUUUAAUAGAAGUAUGAUAUCAGGUACUGCUUUAUAUUUAUAUGUAUCAAAUUAUGCUGCAAUUAUAAAAUAGUAUAAAUUAAUUAUUAUUUUAGAUUUUGUUCAAUUAUAUCAACUAGAUAAAUAUCAAAAAUAAACUAUAUAUAAGGAGAUGUUUCCUUAUUAUUUGGUUUUUCUAAUCAUAACACUUGGAUAUUUACUUUUGUCAUUCCAGGAUUAGGAUUUUUUGGAUGUUUUAUUCCUUUUUCCCUAUUUUUUUUAAUGUAUAUCAAAUAGGAUUAAUUAGAUAAUAUUAAACUUAGAAGACAUAUUUGUUAUUUGUUUAAUGAAUAUAAUAGUGAUAAAUAUUAUUGGGAAUAAAUUAAAUUAACAAAAAAAACAGUUAUAAUUAUUAUUAUGACUUACUUUGAAAUAAACAUUUUUUUAAAAGCAUCACUUUUAGGAUUAUGUUUAUUAUGUUAUCAAUUAUUAGCUGUUAAAAAUAAACCAUACAUUAUAAACAGUUUAAAUAAUUUAGAUUUAUGGACAGGAUAAAUAUGUUCUAUUGCUAUGUUUUUAGCUGUAGCUAAAUAUGUUAGCGAAUAAUAAGCAGAAGUAAAUAUUUCUAUUAUUCUUCAAAUUUUAAUUAUGUUACUUUUCAUUAGAUUAUGUUUUCCAUUUAUCUUUGCUAUUAUCAGAGUAUAUAUAAGGAAACAUAAAGUAUAGUGGGUAUCAAUUCUCUUAAAGCUAUUUUUAUAUAUGAAAGCUGAUUUCUGUCUAACUCUUUAUUUAAAUAGAAAAAAACAAUAAUUAAUAUAAAAAGAAUAGAAAUUAAAAAGAAAUUUUAUUAAAUUGAAGUAGUACUUGUUUUCAAUUUCUAAAGCACAAAUAAGAUAACAUAAGUAAAUUUAUUUAUAAUUAGGUUAAUUACUACUUUGAUGAAUUCUUAAUCAACAUUAAGAUUUAAAUUAAACACUUCUGAAUUAGAUACAAGGAAAAAUUUUAAACAUGAAAUAGAACAUCUAUUUGAAACAAAUCAUUGA